AUGCCGCGUAGAGCACAUAAGAAGUCGCGCAAUGGCUGCUUUGAAUGUAAGCGGCGCCACAUUAAAUGCGACGAGAAACAACCGAUAUGUUCCAACUGUCGGUCUUCGGAACGCUCCUGCGAAUACGCGGAUCCGUUCAUACGGGCGGCCAGUUCGCAGUCAAGCAAGUCAUCGAUCCCGUCACCUGCUGGCACGGUGACGGAUGAACUACCCCUGCGUUCGCCUGCACAUCCCUCUUCUCUUUCUGAAAGUCCCCCAGUCAACAUGCUUCACGCUGAGCUGUUCUUCAACUUGACAAAUUACACCCUUUGCGGCCUCAGCGAAGGGGAGACUGGAUGGAUUGGUACCCCGGACGUGAUGCGAAUUGUUGUCUCGACGCCCUAUCUCAUCAAUCAAGUCCUUGCACUAAGUGCUCUACACUUGAGUGUAGCGCGUCCAGGAAAUAGAGAGUGGUAUCGGCGCCAUGCAGCCCAUCUACAAACGCAUGCAUUGGAGAUUUACAAUCAAAGGAGACUCGAAUUUGACCAGGAGAGCAGUGUCCCACUAUUUCUUUUCUCCUGCAUCCUCGGCAUGCAUACUCUCUGUGACGUCUUGGUUCACCGUGAAGACACCAGUUUCGAUAGAUUUCUGGAACGAUUCGUGCAUUGCCUGAAACUCCAACUUGGUAUUCGCGUCGUGAUUUCUUCGACCACGUGGCAAUCACUACAGGAGUCAAUUCUCAAGAAACCGCUUCAAGACGGAGCAAUCUUGUUCAAUUGGGAUACGAAUCUGGGACCCGAGUGCGCAAGACUCUUGCGGCUCAUUGAAGGAGCUAAAUUGGGCGAUGCCAUUACUUCCACCUAUCGCAGUGCGGUCCAGGCGCUGCAAAAGUCCAUGAAUGCAGCCAUGAGAGGUUCGCUGAAGAAUAUAAGCGGAGUUACGGGCUGGCCUGUCAUAGUCAGCCCAGAAUAUGCCGAACAUUUGGCAAUGCAACGGCCCGAAGCUCUGGUAAUCCUGGCUCAUUACGCUGUGAUUCUACACUGGCAUCGGCACUUCUGGUUGUUUGGCGAUGGUGGCCGCUUCCUUAUUGAGUCCAUCAACAGGUAUCUGGGCCCGAGCUGGGCAGAGUGGUUAGAGUGGCCAAACCGGAGCUUGAGUGAACCUAGUCAGUUAGGUGAAAUAUCGUAA